GGGGCCAGCCGCAGUGACAGCCCCAGAUUCCCGCCCCCUGCCCAGGGAGGCGGUGCUGGGGGAACCUUCCUGCCUGAGACCCUACCCCACCCUAUUGGGAUCAUCCUGCCGGGAACGGAGCCCCUCCGCGGCAGUAGCAGAGUCCCCCCCCUCCCCCGCCGUCCCCCUUUCCCUCUCCCCUGGACUUUCCUGCCAGCCUCAGAGACCUCACCUCACCCUGCAUCCUGGGGACUGUCUGCUCAGCAGCAGUAUCAGCGAUCACUGCACCACGCCCCUGCACCUUCCAGCCGCUCUUCUGGGGUCUUCCUAGCAGGAAUAUCUGAGACCUUCCUUAUACGCGUCGUAGAGGCUUGUUCCCUCCCUUCCGUACCCCAAAGACUUGCCUGCAGAGAACGUCAGAGACUCGUUAGUAGCAGCAGCCUUCCAACCAAGACUCUUCCUGAAUAGCAGCAGACCUCACCUAAAAUCAUCCGAGAGGAGCAGAGAGCUCCUUGAGACUGCCUAGCAAGAGCAGACCAUCUCUAUUCACCAGUACAUGGAUUAUCUGGACCUCAGAAUCUUUAUUCAUUGCACUCUGCAUCCUGAGGAGGAGGACACUGACAACUGCCACUGCUUUUGGAAACUGUGUUUUAGAGCACUUUGCUGCAAGGGACCACCACCUCCACGACCUGAAUAUGACUUGGUUUGCAUAGGUCUCACUGGUUCUGGCAAGACAAGUCUACUGUCACAGCUUUGCAGUGAAAGCCCAGAAAAUAUAGUGCCUACAACAGGUUUUAGCAUAAAAGCAGUGCCAUUCCAGAAUGCCAUCUUGAAUGUAAAAGAACUUGGAGGGGCUGACACUAUUAGGAAGUACUGGAGUCGUUACUACCAAGGAUCCCAAGGGGUAAUAUUUGUAUUAGACAGUGCCUCCUCAGAAGAUGAUCUAGAAACGGCGAGGAAUGAACUGCAUUCUGCUCUUCAGCACCCACAGUUAUGUAUUCUGCCAUUUCUAAUACUGGCCAAUCAUCAAGACAAGCCAGCAGCUCGCUCAGUACAAGAGAUCAAAAAGUAUUUUGAACUUGAACCACUUGCACGAGGAAAGCGCUGGAUUCUUAAACCCUGCUCUCUGGAUGAUAUGGAAGCAGUAAAAGACAGCUUCACCCUUCUGAUAAAUUUACUAGAAGAGAGAGAUCUCGAGCCUUCAAGAAUGUGAAAAUCUAGGAAAGAGAACUGCUUCGCCAAUCAUUGUACCAGUUAAUUCUGCUCACCGCUUAAUUAUGGUUUGGUAUUAAGACUGCAUUUCAGCUUACAAUAAAUAUAAACUUUCAUUUUGUGCAGAAAAUCUGUUUGUUGAAAUAAAUGUGUUGUAAACUGGGAACAUGCUUAUUCCAGUUAAGUCAUCUACACUACUGAAGUAUAGGGAGUUACUCUUUGUUUACCACUAAUUGUGCUCAUUGCAGGUUUUUUCCCUGUAUUAUCAUAAAACAUCCCUUGGUAUGCAAUUCUGCGUGCACAAAAUCACAGUCUGUAAAGGAUGGGAAAAAAGCCACCAACUAUGUUUUCUGAAAAGUAAGUGUUGUAAUAAUUCGCAGAUAUUACUUUUGUGUGUUGACUUGUUUGCUGACCAUUAGCACUAUCGAGAAAGGAUGACCACUGAGAGCACUAGUAAAUCUUCUUACAAGCAGGGAAAUGUCCUGAUGCAAAAUCUAAUCUGAAGUCUCACUGAAUGAAAAUACAAAUACCUUGCUGAUAGAUUACUGUUCUAAUUCUUAACCCUUUCAAAGGUACAAGCAGUCCAGAUAGUUGGGAGUAAGGGGAAAUAAUGCACAAACCCAGUGUGUGCACAUAUCAGUAUUUGCCAUCAUCUUUGGAUUAUCUUGGAUAUAAAAAAAUCUUGCGGAAAACUGUGGCUACAGCCUAAGUAGACAAGACUUCUUAAUAAAUUAAGUAGGCUGGAUAAAAUAAUUUACUAGGUUUUUAGUAGCUAUGAUUAAAGAGCAGCAAGAGAAAAUGUAUUUUAACUCAGAUGCUGUAUAAAUAGCAUGAAGGACCACAGAUUUAAAAUAAGGCAUCUCCUGUAACUCUCAUUCAAAAUAGUAUUAUCACAACUGUGCUUCUGCCUCUCCAUUAUAACUAAAAGUCUGCCAAUAUGUCUGUUGUAAAGCCCUAUUUUCAGGCCGUUAAAAAUGCCUUUAGAAAUCUGCUGAAGACUGAAUGUUAAUAAAAAGUUCAUUUAUCAGAACCAAAAUUUUGAACAAAUUUUGAAAAAUUUCCAUUUAGUUCUAGGAAUGCAAUAUAUAUUCCACCCUUAUCCCCGCCCACCCCAAGUUUGCAAUAUUUGCCUGCCUUUUGGCAGUUUUAAAAUGAUAUAAAUCAGUUUUGUUUUCAAAUGAGCAUCUGCGUUCAUUGGUUCAUAAUAAAACUAAAUAUCAGACAGGGUAUAGACAUAUAGGCUGCGUCUAGACUGGCCGCUUGAAUUUGUGCAAGAAUACUGACGAUCUAAUGUAAGAUUGUCAGUGUUCUUGCGCAAAUACUAUGCUGCUCCCGUUCGGGGAAAAAGCCCUCUUGCGCAAAUGUAUUUGCGCAAGAGGGCCAUUGUAGACAGCUAAAAAGUGUUUUGCGCAAAAAAGCCCUGAUGGCUAAAAUGGCAGUCGGGGCUUUCUUGCGCAAAACCACGUCUAAAUUGGCACGGACGCUUUUCCGCAAAAAGCGCAAAAGCGUCCGUGCCAAUCUAGAUGCUCUUUUCCACAAAUGCUUUUAUUGGAAAAACUUUUCAGUUAAAAGCAUAUGUGGAAAAUCAUGCCAGUCUAGACGUAGCCAUAGAGUUUAGAAAUCCAUCUUGAUUCUGUUUCAGGAUUAGAAAAAUCUUCUUAAACAAAUUUUCAGAGCUUUCUGCAACAUAUCCUUUGAUUUAAGAGUUCAUUUCUUUCAGUUCAUUGUUGAUUAUACCUAGUUUGAGGAUAAGAAAAAGUAGGGAGAUCCUAUAGAAACUGGUUCGUUAUUUCUAAUAUGCUCUUUGUUAAAUGAACUGGUUUCUAUAAUUUUUACCCUUUAAAUUUCCUUGAAGUACAAUAUUUGGAUAAUUUUCCUCCUUAUCUGUAAACUGCUUCCCAGAGGCCCAUUUCAAUCCAAGUCUGUGGCCUAAUAGAUGCUACUUCAACUCACUUCCUAUUAACAAGGAAGUGUAGCUCCCAAAUUAAUUAUGUAAUGGAAAUUGAGAGAUGAAAAUGAGCUAGAACUUGCUGCCUAGAGAACAUCUGGGCUCACUGACACAUUCCCUCUCUUUCGGUAUCAUUGUAUUUCUCAUGCAUGUGCUUCCCCAAGGCACCUCUUCUGCAGAUACUCAGGAACUUGAACUCUUCAUGUUAUUUGCAAGACAGAAUUAGGAGCUCAAAAUCAGCUCCCAACUAUCCUAUUAAUUGGAAAAAUCCCUGAUACUCUCAGAUAUUGCUAUGUGCCUUCAGUGGGCUCCCUUUUCCUGAACUAAAUAUGAAUUGGGAUUUAGGUUAGGGCUUCCAGUUUUGCUCUUUCAAGUAACACAAAUAAUGUAAUGUUCUCAGAUGUCUGCAAAAGACACUAUAUGGAGGAGGGUAAGAAGGGGAACUGUGGUACAUGCCCAAAGAAAACCCUUGCUGGGGGCAAUAGGAAUAGAAAAGAUGACGUUCUAGACUGUAGCUGCUUUUUAGUUUAAAAUUAGAGGGAGGGAAGAACAAUCUUUUUUUACUAUUUUCUGCUUUCUACCCCAAAUUAGAUGUAAUUAAUCAAAUUCAGAACCAAGUAUAAAUGGGCCCAGUUAUACUUACUACUUACUCACUUAUACUAGCUGUGAAUUUGGUGCAAAAGUCUUAGGGAUUUUGAUAUUAAUUUGGUCAUGAGAUCUCAACUAUGCACUGUUGGAAAGUGCUACACAGCAGUGACAUCAAAAGGCCCCAACUAGCCAAUCAGAAUGUGGUUUUAGCCAUACUAGACAGUAUAGUAGGGCCUUUUGAUGUUUAAUUCUUUUCUUUAGGAAAAUACAACUGCACCAGGAGCAGAAAAUUUUUGUCAUGAUUUUCAAUAUGUCUAAACUUAGUAAUCAUUCCAUUCUGCAGGUUGAAACAAUCCUAAUUGUCUAAGGACUCAAGAAAGAUGUUUAACAUUACUUUAAAUGUGGUUCUUUUGUUGUUCUGUGUUUGUGAGUGGAUUAUAAUGGAUUUGUAGAUUUUUAAAUGUUUAAACACUUUCACCUUUUUAUGGAGGAAUUAAAAAAUUAAUAGCAGUUCAUGUUACACUUUUUGUCUAAAGUGUUCUUGAAUACUCUUAAUACAGAAUCUGUGAACACCAUAUAAUUUUUAUUCAGAUCACCAUUCUCAAUUACUGUUUUCUCUUCCUGUGCAUUCAACAUUUAGAUGAAAUAAAUUAAAUCACUAGGAACUAACUACUUUCAAUGCAAGUUCAUUAAACAGUGAACAUUGUCUUUUUUUUAAAAAAAAGAUGUCGUGGUUUAAUGUUCUUUAGCCAUCUGUUAAAUUACUUUCUGUGUGUGUGUUUUUGUGUGUGGAUGUGCCCACACUGGACGGCUUCUCAGACCUGUGUCUGUCUGCAGUGUUUCAGCAGUCAGAAUAAAAACAUUAUCAAUCAGUAUCCAACAACAGCUGUUUUUGACAUGCUUCUGUCUGACGCCUAAUGUUUUACAACUGUCCUCCUUUGUCUAGCAGUUCUAAGCUGGUCAUCUUGUUGCUUCCAUGUUAUGUCCUGUACUUACAGAAUUUGCAGUGAUUUUGAAAAUCCUUGUUAGUGUUUUUGAUAUUUUCUUGCUGUAUAAUAUGCUGUCUGUAUGUUUGCAUAUUCAAAUGUGCUGUACAGAAACCCGUGAUGUAUUAUUUCAUUUAGUUUCUGUCUUUCAUUAUAUUUAUAGAUGUUACAGAUUUUUGUAUCUUAACUAAUAGUUGCCUUUUUGUAAUGGCAAUUAAUUUAUAUUACUAAAGUUUGUAUCUUUACUGUAGUUGAGUAUUGGUUGAUAGCUAAAUGCCAUAUUAUCUUGACUUUAUACUAAAAAUACAUCAUCUGUACUCAGCAGUUGACCCAUUCAUGUAGGCAAUUUCAAGAAAAUAGGAACUUGUACUGUUUGAUUUAUACAUGAUUUCCACUAUCAAAAAAUGAAAAUAAACACUGAAUAGAA